AUGGGCGCCUUGCCCGCGGCAGGGCACCGCGCGGGUGACUCGGGAAGUCCCGCGGCCACCCUUGCGCAGCUGAAGAAGGUAAAGAAGCAGAAGGUGUUGCUCAUGGGUAAGAGUGGUUCCGGCAAAUCGAGCAUGCGCAGCAUCAUCUUCAGCAAUUACCUGGCCCGAGACACCCGCAGACUAGGCGCCACCAUCGACAUUGACUUGUCCCAUGUUAAGUUCCUGGGCAACCUGACGUUGAAUCUGUGGGACUGCGGCGGCCAGGAGGCCUUCAUGGAGAACUACCUCUCCCAGCAACGGGCGCAUGUCUUCAGCAACGUCGGCGUGCUCAUCUACGUCUUCGACAUUGAGAGCCGCGACGUUGAGCGUGACCUGGCCACCUACGUCAACAUCAUUAGCGCACUGGUCCAGUACUCCCGCGAGGCCAAGGUGUUCGUCCUGAUCCACAAGAUGGACCUGAUCCAACCCAUGACGCGGGAAGACGUCUUCGACCACCGGGCCGCCCUUGUCCGGCGCAAGACCGCCGAGGCCGUCGCCAUCAUGCACAAACAGAAGCCCGAACAAGUCCAGCAGCAAACCGUCCCCUCUGCGGCCGGCGAGGAUCUGUCCAUCAACCUCCAGCUCUUCGCAACCUCCAUCUGGGACCAAUCCCUCUACAAGGCCUGGGCCUCCAUCAUCCACGACCUCGUCCCCAACCUGUCGGUGAUCGAAGCCCAGCUCGCGUCCCUGGGCCUCGCAAUCGACGCGGACGAGAUCCUCCUCUUCGAGCGGACCUCCUUCCUGGUCGUGUCCAAGUGGACGUCGCGCGAAGGGGAGCGUAACCCGUACGGCGACCGCUUCGAGCGCAUGAGCAACAUCCUCAAGAGCUGGAAGCACACGUGCUCCAAGUACACGGGCACGCCGCGCAACGCCGAGCAGUUCUCGGACUUUGAGUACAAGAUGGGCGCCACCUUCAGCAUGUUUGCCACCAAGUUCACCACCAACACGUACAUCCUCGUGUGCAUGCCGCCGGGAGAGGCCAGGUUCAACAGCGCCAAGUUGAACGUUGCUGCCGCGAGGCCGUGGUUCAGGUUCCUCGACGGGCCGGUUGUGCCAGCGCAGUCCGCUGUUGGCGGAGGCAUGAGCUCCUCGCAGGUAUUGGGGAGUACGCCGUCGGGCUAUGGCGGCGAGGGCUCGGUAGGAGCGCCGGAUGGUUGA